AUGGAACGACGAUGUAUGAAAAAUGCAUGGGAAAAGAUUUUAAGAGCCAGCAAGCUGGGUGCAACACAUAUAACAACCAACAACAAGCUAUGGUUACGUGUGAAAGGUACAUUGUCCACCUAUCUCAAGAACACGAAAUUGUAUAAAACCGAGCUGUGUAGGUCAUGGAUGGAAUGCGGCCGUUGUAAUUAUGGCGAUAAAUGUCAGUAUGCGCACGGUGAGGAAGAAAGACGACCAGUACACCGACAUCCCAAAUAUAAAACAGCGUACUGUCAACCGUUUCAUCAAGUUGGCUACUGCUCCUACGGCUCCCGAUGCCAUUUCAUCCACAACGAAGAACCGGCGUCACUUGCACGAUAUCAAAAAAAUAACACCAGCACUCGCAAAAAUACCGUGUGCGGUGGCGUUGGUGGUACCGGACAUACGGCAGGAACCGCUGCAGCAACUUUGGCGUUCGGUAUGUGGCAUCCGUAUUGCAAUUCAGCAGGCGACUCUCCGGUGCCCAGUUCGGCUGAUUCAAACAGCGAUAGUCCAAUUACUUCGACCAGUCCGACUCUCGAUUUUGAUGAGAACAUGGGUGCACUGGCAACCACCGGUCGCUGGGGCGGUUUUGGCGGCAGUAAUGUGAGUUUUUAA